AUGUUGACCAUGCACAGGCAGUUCGGCAAGCUGAUGAAGAGGUCCGCCGACGAGAGCCAUGUCUCCGUGCUGCUCAAGGACUUCGACAACGCGGACAAGCUGCUAACAAAGAUCAUUGAUUCCAGCAAAGCCUGGCGUGAUGCCUGGUCGUCGAUCCUCACAUAUCAGGCUCGACUGCUACAGGAGUUCGAAUCCCUCUACCAUCCCAUUGUAGGCUCAUCGGAGCCUACAGCUCAUCCCCCUGCCAUUACCCCGGAGGCAACCCUCGAGCGGACUGCCAAGUUGAACGAAGAGUAUGAGUCGCUACGAGUUGAUCUCCUGGCGGAGAUCAACACAGUCGAUAGCAGGAUGAUAAAGCCAGCAAUGGAAGCAAAAGACUACCUCCAGCCAUUCAAGAAGGUCAUCAAAAAGCGAGACGAUAAAAAGCUCGACUACGAACGAUAUCAAAAUAGAGUGGACACAGCUCGAAAGAAAUCAAAACGGUCGGACCGGGAGAACUCAAAUCUUGCUAAGGCAGAAAUUGACCUCAAUAAGGCCAAGGAGGAAUACCAAGCGGCUGACGAGCAUCUUCGUGGGCAUCUACCCGCUCUCAUCACGGCCACAUUCUCGCUCCUCCCGCCCAUCCUGGGCGCCCAAAUCGAGAUCCAAAACACCCUGCUUGCAUUAUACUACACCUCGUUACACAACUACUCCUUGGCACAGAACUUCCCGUCUCCGCCUCCGCCGAUGGAUGAAGUGAUCCAGGUCUGGGAGCACGAAUUUCUCCCUAUACAACGUGAGACGGAAUCAAUCGGCUGUGUUACACACGGAAAGACAGGCCGCCAGCCUAGAACCUCAGACGACCACAAGAGCCCGGCGAUAUCGAACGGCAUCGGUUCGCGGCAUGCCAGCUCAACGCCCGCCCUCCGUAAACCAUCCAUCUCGCCCGCUCGCACCAUGCAUGCACCCCCGUCCGUGCCAACAGACACCCGCCCACGAAUCAACUCCCUGAAUACAGCUUCAACCGGCAAUCUCAUGACCACCCACCGGUCUCGCCAAUACUCUCCUCCCAGCCAACACCGAAUCUCCACUGACUCCCCCGAUACCUCCCCCUAUCACACUCCACAGCCAACCUUCACACCUCCCCUCUCACAAGCACAGUCAUGGAAGGCACCCGCACAGUCCGCCGGAAUCGCAGCAAUGGCUGCUGCAGUAGCGAAGAAAAAACCCCCGCCGCCACCUCCACCGCCGCCAAGGUCCGUUUCGUCAAAUAUACGCUUCGUCACUGCCCUGUAUGACUUUGGUGGCCAGGGUGAAGGUGACCUUGCCUUCAAAGAGGGUGAUCGUAUUCGUGUCAUAAAAAGAACUGAAAGCACGGAUGAUUGGUGGCAGGGGGAACUCAGAGGCAUCAGGGGCAGUUUUCCAGCCAAUUAUUGUUCUUAA